AUGCCUAGUAAAAAUGAUAGGGACAAUACUCGAUAUGUCAGGAUCAGCGGCCUGGAUCUCGAAACGACUAUUGGCACCACGGACGAUGUUGAUAACGACUUCAUGGGAGUUGUUUUCAGUUUUCACAGUUAUUCCGGGUUCUAUGUGGUGACGUGGAAGCAACAGAGUGAAUCCUACAGUUCAGGCGGCUACAGUUCUUACGGCGAAAUGGGAAUUCACCUAAAGCUGGUCACGAGUCCAGAUGGCCCCAGCAAACGUCUCAAGACAGCUCUCUUUGACACUCCUUCUGUGGCUGGCCAUAGAUGUGUUGUGUUCCCCUGGGGAGGUCCAGGGGAGGUUCAGGGGAGCACAGGCCCCCUGACUGGGCAGUAUUCGCAAGUGAUUUCAUGGAAUAUAUUGAGCUUGAUCCUUGAAACUUGCAUCAAAUUUACGGAACUCCUCUGGCACAAUACCUUUCCUUGGUCGACAAAGCUCCUUUACCGCUUAAAGGUCCUCCAUCGUCCUCUGAUUGGCACCAUCCGCGUCUUCCUCAGCACAGGCCCUACUUUGCUCGCGGAUUCUGGCAACAUCUACAACGACGUGUUGCGGGGAGGGCGGUUUGGUCCGUUCUGCCAGGCGAUGCCGGCAAUCACCUGGGCAAAUAUUAAGUACAGAUGCAACGAUAAGGUUCCCCAGGAGAUGUACGAUGGGUUGUCAGCAUCACAACAAGCUCUGGUGGAAAUUGAAGAGUGGACUAUGUAUCCGCCGUGCUGGGAUUGCCACAGCCACGCAGAUUGUACUGUCAUUGACACAAGCCAUACAUGCACGUGUCAACCAGGCUAUGAUGGGGAUGGCACCAAUUGUAUUAACCCAUGUCAAGGCACACCAUGUCCUGAGGGAAAGUUCUGUAACCACAUGCUCACGGCGCCUUUCUACACCUGCGAAGCACACCCGUCUUGGUCGCUGCUGCAGCCUUUGUGUCCAAAAGGAGAGGCCGGUGACGGCAUCACGUGCGGCCCCGACAGGGACAUGGAUGGAAGGCCCGACGCGGACCUGGGGUGCGUCGACGUGCGCUGCCGUCCAGACAACUGCAUCGACAUCUACAAUCCAGAACAACUCGACGCCGACGGGGAUGAUGUUGGUGAUGCUUGCGAUUUCGAUAUCGACGGUGAUGGGAGGAGCAUAGAAUUUGAUAACUGCCCGACGGUGAUGAACAAUGACCAAGCAGACAGCGAUUCAGACCAACAUGGUGAUGCCUGUGACAACUGUCCCUCAACGCCCAAUCUGACGCAGCGUGACGCUGAUGGUGACGGUCUUGGCGACGAAUGUGACACGGAUAUAGAUGAAGAUGGUCUUGCCAAUGGAGGUGACAACUGCCCAGACGUUGUCAAUAUUGACCAACUGGACAGUGAUGGUGAUGGAGUGGGCGACGCAUGUGACAACUGCCCUUCAAGUAGCAACGCCGACCAGGCUGAUACAGACCAGGACUUUGUUGGUGAUGUCUGUGACACUGACACAGACACAGACAGUGAUGGCUUCCAAGAUGACUUGGACAACUGCCCAAACAUAGCCAACAGUGACCAAAAAGACAGUGACACUGAUGGCAGUGGCGAUGCGUGUGACACUGAUGCCGAUGGCGAUGGCAUUCUCAACACCAAUGACAACUGUCCUCUUGUCCCCAACGGCAGUCAGACCGAUUCUGAUGGAGAUGGGAUUGGUGAUGACUGCGAAGGUGACUAUGAUAAAGAUGGUGUCCCUGAUGGCGGCGACAACUGCCCAAAGAACGCCCAGGUCUUCACUACAGAAUUCAAAAGAGUGAUGGUGGUUCCCUUGGAAGAACCUUAUCAUACACCCAACUGGUAUUUCUUACCUGGAAGGACAGGGUUCUACCAAAGAGAAGAAGGAGAGACAUCUGCUGCCAUCGGUGAUGUGAGUCUUGGCAGCGUUGACUUCGAAGGAACCUUUACGAUUGAGAGCACUGAUGAUGACUUCGUUGGAUUUGCUUUCAGUUUCCAAGACAACCGCAGGUUCUACAUGGUGAAUUUUAAACAGGAAGCUCAGCAGUUGGCCACGCCUGCGGUCAGCGAUCAGGGUCUUCAUCUCAAGCUCGUCGACUCUGCCACAGGACCAGGAGGCAACGAUCUUCAGUAUGCGAUCUAUAACACCGCGAGUGUCGCAGAUCAAUUGCCUUCGCAGAGCAUGCACUGCUUCUCAUUAUACAAGGAAGAAUCUCCAGUUGUCACGUUUUGUGUUACUGCGAUCGGCCACCAGGAGGCUAUAUAUCGAGCUAUAUAUCAUUCAUCUCUUUCAGUCUCAGUCACUCUCCUUUGGCAAGACGCGAGCGUGACGUGGAGGCCCAACACGUUCUACCACUGGAAGGUGAUCCACCGCCCCAAAAUAGGGCUCCUGCGAUUCACCAUGUACGAGAAUGGGAAGUUCUUAAGCGGCUCCGGCAACAUCUACAACUCCCGGCUCAAGGGCGGUCGGUUUGGGGCGCUCAGCAACUCGCAGAGGAGGAUUCUGUGGGUCUACAUGAAGUACAGCUGUAACGCCCCUUAUACUAUUAAUUUCCUAAAGUGUGAGAGCCGUGUUGAGAGGAUGAAAGGCUCACUUUGUGCCAGUCAUGAACAGCCAGGGGGUUGA